AUGCCCAAAUCCACCAUAUCGGGUGGCUCACCGCGCCCCCAGAGGGAAACACCUGCACCAACCCACCCGCCUGCGUCUACUGCGCUGAAAGCCACCAGACUCGGGCUUGUCAACGCAAGCAGGACGGAUCUUUACAAGCUCGCAAGUGCGCCAACUGCGGGGGCGCGCAUCCAGGAUGGUCUCACCAAUGUGCGGCCUAUUGGAAGGAAAUUGAACGGGUACAAGAAGCGGCAAAGCACCGACAGCGGUAUCAUCGGAUACCAGCCUACCUCGCUGAAUCGGUGCUCUCAGGGACCCAAAGUGCCUCUGGAACUGCUGAAACAGCCUCUGGCUCUGGGGAUAGCGACUCAGAGCCAGAAGACCCGGCCACCAACGGCCAAGGCACCAGAGCCGGCGAUGAGGGUGAUGAAAAAGAACGCGGUUAGCAAGGCCGUGGCCAGGUCGGCACCAACGCGAGCAGCGGCGCGUAAAACAAUGAACAUCAAGCGCAGCCGACGGCUGCUGGAGAAGGCCCUCCAAGCUAGCCAAACGGACACGGCGGCAGAGGGGACAGGACAACUCAUCCUGGCCCCAAAGCCCGGACCGGCGGUUAGCUUGAAUAAGGAAAGCACCAGAUGGGUUCUUCACGAAAUGGACGACCGGUCAACCAAGCGAAACCACUCAGGCCCCUCCUCCUCAGACGAAGACGACGAUGAAUUAGCAGGGGGAACCACCAGCGAAUACGCGCCAUCCACAACAACGAACUCAAUGGCCUUAACGGUGCGAAGCUCCAAUGAUACCAGUGCGGAACGGGGAUCGGUACUCCAAUACAACACGCACCGAUCCAAAGACAAGGUCAUGGCCCCCUUUCUUCGCACCAAGGAGGUGCUCGAGGCAGACGUGAUCGCGAUCCAGGAACCAUGGGACAACCCAUACCAAGGAACCACCCACCACCCAGCGAACCAGACGCACCAACUGCUAUACCCAAAGGCCACGGAAACCGGAGGGGAAGGAACCCGGGUCUGCAUGCUGAUAUCAAGGAAGUUGGACCUGGGCAGUUGGCGGCACGGAGUCCACAGCUGGGACUACCAUGAGCUCCAGAUACCAUACACCCAGAAUGUCACAGGGCAGGAGCUACAUAUCCAGCACCACCCCGCAAUUGUCCUCAAGGCCACGUGCGCGCCGGAUAUUUCCACCGCCGUUCUCUUCGCCCAAGCCAUGCAUCUCGAGGUCGCUGUGGUCGGCGGCGGACACGGAACCAAUGGGUCUGCCGCGACGACAGGGCUUCUGAUCGACUUAACGGCCAUGAAUAAGACCUCGGUCGACGUCGAAAAGAAGACCAUCACCGCGGAAGGAGGCUGUCGAUGGGAGGAUAUCGAUAUCCCUCUGGGGCAGCACGGGCUGGCCACUGUUGGAGGCCGGGUGGGCAACACGGGCAUCGGGGGACUCACUCUCGGAGGUGGUGUUGGCUGGCUCUCGGGAAAAUAUGGCCUGGUGGCGGACAAUCUGCUGUCAGUGAAGAUGGUCCUGGCGGAUGGGAGAAUUGUCACAGCCUCGCAGACAGAAAACCCGGAUUUGUUUUGGGCGGCGAGAGGUGCUGGUCAAUGCUUCGGCGUGGCGGUUGAGUUCACCUAUCAAGCAUAUGAUUUGGCAUACCCUAUCUGGGCCGGUCAGCUGAUGAUGAAGCUGGAUGCCUUACCGGCGGUGGUGGACUUUGUGAACCAAUUCCCAUCGACUAACAAGGCGAAGGCGGCCAUGAACGUCAGCAUUGCCGGCCCUCCAGCAAACAUGCUCACCGUCACGCUUUUCUAUCCCGGCGGGAACGAAGAGGCCGAGGUGCUUUUUGCACCACUACUUGCUCUGGAGCACAUAGCCAAUACCACCAGGGAGAGACCGUAUACCGAAGCUAACACCAUUCUCACGCCGAAGGUUCCUUGGGGCAUUCGCCGCCAGUAUCAUGGGGUCGCAUUCGCCAUGCCGCUGCGGGUCGACUUCCUCAAGUCCCUGGCCGAUGAUCUCGUGGAAUUCCGGUCCCAGGUCUCCCCGGAUGCGGCACCGAGCAUGAUCAUGUUGGAAAUUACCCACCAGGAAAAGAUGGGCCAGGUUCCGGUGGACUCCAUGGCCUUUGCCGGUCGCCGGCUUCACCAGGUCUGCUUUGUUGUGGCUCAGUGGAGUGUUCCGGAACAUGAUCUCCCUGCCCGGAAAUGGGUCAGCAAGACCGCAGCCAAGUUGGAUGGCGAGCUGGAACGCAUGAAGCAUGAAGAGGGCGCUGAUGUCGACCUGGACGCGGUCAGGAUAUAUUCCAAUUACGACGGUCUUCUGCUUCCGGCCGAGCAGAUAUUCAAAACGAAUCUUCCUCGACUGACGACUCUCAAAGAGAGAUACGACCCCAAGGACGUCUUCUGCACUUCAUAUGCUCUCCUCCCGAAACAGCCCAAUGGACUGUAA